AUGGCAUUAUUUGACGUUGAUGGUUGGGAUUUGAAGUCCACAAAGGUUGCUAUUGGAGGAGUGGAGCAGAAAAAGUCGAAGAAGAAAGAUAAAAGUCAGAAAAAGAGAUCCGCAGAAGGCUCAGACAGGCGACCUGAAGACAAGAAGCGGAAGCCAGAAACGAAAAAGACAACAGAGGAUGACGAGGAAGCGGUCGCCCCAGCUAAGGAAGUCCCAGCUCCUCUUCCUAUGAGUACGCAGAAAUUGACGCCUUUACAGCAGAAAAUGAUGGCCAAGCUCUCAGGUUCGAGAUUCAGAUGGAUCAACGAGCAGCUCUACACGACAACUUCUCAAAAUGCUCUCAAUUUAGUCAAAGAGCAGCCAUCCCUCUUCGAUGAAUACCAUCAGGGCUUCAGAUCGCAGGUUCAACUGUGGCCAGAGAAUCCCGUUGAUGUUUUUGUCGACCAGGUAAAGACAAGAUCGGCUAGACCAGUAAAUGCACCAGGUGGUUUGCCAGGCUUGCAAAACAAGAAGGUGGUGAUUGCGGACAUGGGAUGUGGUGAAGCGCAAUUGGCUUUGGAUGUAAACAAGUUCACCAAGCAGAUCAACGGGAAAAAGGCUAAAGGGAAAGAUCGGAAAAUGGGACGUAAGUUGGAUGUGGAAGUGCACAGUUUCGACUUGAAGAAGGCCAAUGAUAGAAUCACCGUGGCAGAUAUUAAGAAUGUUCCAAUGGAGGACGAAUCUUGCACAAUUGUGAUCUUUUGUUUGGCACUUAUGGGAACCAACUUCCUCGACUUCAUUGAGGAGGCUUACAGAAUUUUGGCACCUAAUGGAGAGCUAUGGAUUGCCGAGAUUAAGUCGAGAUUCACCGAGUCGACGAAUUCCAAGGGUAAGCCUACGAAGCCUGAGGAGGUUGGCAGUGAGUUUGUGGAGUCAUUGAAGUUACUUGGGUUUUUCCAUAAGAAGACCGAUAAUGAAAAUAAGAUGUUCACGAGGUUUGAGUUUUUUAAGCCAUCGAGAGAAAUCAUGAACCAGAGAAAGGAGAAGUUGGAGAGAAGAAAGAAGUUUAUUGAGCAGGAGACGCAGAAGGAGGAGCUUGAGAACAAGAGAAAGACACGUCCCGAGGGCCAGUGGUUGUUGAAGCCAUGUAUUUACAAGAGAAGGUAG